UUCCAAGCGGCGCUCUGACGUCGCGAGAGUAAUACACUAAUAACUCAUUAGAGAGAAGGGGGGAGUGAACUAUAACACCAAAACCCUGCGGAGGAGACCAGGUGGACGGAUAACAACCGCGGCUACUGUUGAGGAGAGGAGUCUUUUAUUUGGUUAACUUGAAAACUAAGAGUGGAAAGACAACGAGGAAGUUCAAAGAAACGAUAUAUUUUAUUUAUUUAUUUAUUUAUCAAUUUAUUUGUUUAGGUUAUUUAUUUUAUUAUAUAUCCGAAGAUGAACCGAGUGACAAGAAGCAUGGGUACGAUCGAGGAAAUUCGACAGGAAGACAAAUCUGGGGACGGUUGCAGGAGACUGCGCCUGACGUUGCUCGACCAGAGUCCAUCGGUGAGGAGCCACGAGCAGCCAAGAGGGAAGCCAAUCGGAAGAGCCUUCGCCCUCGUCCAACCGGCCUACGAGAAUACCACUCCGACCUCUGAGCCAAUCAAACCUGUGGACGAGAAGGUUGAAGUGAUAAAGGUGUACCUGGAGGCCCGUAAGGAGGAGCAGCAGAGACACCAGGAGAACCUGAACAUGCUGUCGGAGGAGGUGUCUCAUAUCCAGGAGGUGAGAUACUGCCUGAAGAACCUACGUGAACAGAUGGCAUCCAAGACCAAAUUUUACUUCCCUGGACAGAAGAGCAGCAGCAGCACCGGCAGAAAGAGCAGCCCAGUCGAACACCAGGGCGGGGCCAGGAACGUCCGGCAGGAGGGGGAUGAAGGUGAAAGAGACAACAUGAGGGAGGUCAGCAGACGUCUGUACGCACAGCUUCAGGACGCUGAGAGGAAACACCAGGAGGAGAGAGAGAGGCUUCAGGCGGAGGGCAGGGAGCUGCAGCAGCGACUCGGCGAACAGACGGACAGACUGAAGGAGGCGGAGGACGACGGGGAGAGGAGGGACAUGCGUAUCGAAGACCUGCAGAGGCUACUUGGAGGCAUGGAGCUGGAGAGCGCGUCCCUGAGGGACUCCAUCCGCGGCCGCGAGGAGGAGCUGCGCCACAUGAGGGAGGAGGGCCAGAGAGACGGGAGGAGGGCUGAGCAGUUAGAGAAAGAGGUGGCCACCCUGAAGGAGAAGAUACACCAUCUGGAUGACAUGCUGAAGUGCCAGCAGAGGAAAGUGCGACACAUGAUUGAGCAGCUCCAGAACUCACGCAUGCUGAUCCAGGAGCGAGAGCGCGUCAUCAAACAGCUUGAGGAAAAGGUGGCGUUCCUGGAAGCAGAGAACCGGGAGAUGCAUGACCAGAUGGAUUACUUCCUGGGAGAGCAAAGGUCAAAUGCAUAUCUCUCAACAGAACGCAACCCCAGGAUAGUGUACAGCAAGCCAAUAAAGCCAACGACUUCAUCCAGCAAACCACUGCCGUUCAUGAAAAUCAUCGAGAUCAAUUCCUGAAUGCGGAGAGUUCAUCAAAAACAUGAAGAUCAGAGCCUGGAUGCAUAGGGUACUGAGUGGAGGAGAACCGAUGGGUUCCCAGCAGCUAACAAACGCCUAACAACCGAUAACACCCUCAACGCAGCUCACACUAGUGGGUUCCUGCCUGUAAUAUUACAACACCAGUACAUCCACCAAACACACACACUCAUGCUCUCUGGGAUACAUCGCAAGGAGAGAUUGAUUGGAAUAGGUACAAAAAAGGCAUAAUGUUGGUUCAGUGGUCUUCUGUUAAAUAUCUGUUCUGAAUUAAUGGUCUUGCAUUGGACUGAAUAUGUUUAUUUCAGUGUUCUCUUGAUUGAGACAUUUUUGUUGUUUUUGUGCGCAAAGAAUGAAGGAUAUGUUUAAGUAAGGGGCGUGAUGUGUCACUACAAAAGUACUUACAUUAAACAAUUUAACUGUAGCAUAUUGAAGUGCAGACUAACAUGUAGGCUAGGUACCGGGGGACAUGGGGCCUAGGCAGAUAUUGUAUUGUAUUUUUACACCAAUAACUUAAGCCAAUAUUUGUGUACAUGCAAGAUCCUCAACACGACAACUCCUAUUGUGAGGAACUAGAACCACUCGUAGGAGGAAGACGUGAUCGUCCAUGAAGUCCUUAUGCGUUAAGCUUACUAACCUUUAGCUUAGUCUUUAGCCUGAAUGAACCAUUUCACCAUUCGACCUGUCUCCAAUGUCUCCAAUACGGACUGGCUUAAAUGAUCCGGCUCACCAUUUUAUUAUUUUGAUAGACCCUUUUGAAGCCCAACGCAAGGCACUUUAUUGUAUUGUUAGUAGUAUGCAGAAAUAAAGAUCAAGACAUUGACGCGCUAAUUAUCUGACUUUUAGCAAGAACAUUUCCCCUACAAAAGUCAUAUUUUCAAUCAAAUUCCUGAAGUUUCCUAUCUGAGCUGAUGUAUUGUGUAUAUAUUUAGUUUUUAUUUAUGUGAUUUCACUUCAGACUUCUAACAAAUGUGACCGUGAGCAUUUUCUCUUUAUAAAUAUAUUUAUAGAAAAGACAGCUUUUGUAGUUUGUGAUAGGAAAUUUUGGGUGCAUUCUCUUUUACUUGUCAUGUUUGAUAAAUUAAAAUUAAAAAAAAAUCCCCUUGGUAAUUUUACUUUCUUUACUUAGUCUUUAAAGAUGCCUCCAUCGUGUGGUCACUCCAUGCUUUGCAUUCUGAGACUGUUGGACUCAUUCUGGUCUGUUUAGUGCAACAAUGAAAUGUCAUUAUUGGUAUUUUGGGACCCAAGUUAUAGACACAAUUCAGGAAGGGGACUUGGAAUAUAAAGUUGACAAACAGGUGGUUUUAAUUAGCAAAGAAGGUCUAGGAAUAUUCACCAGCAGCAACUUCAGCAUAGGUGAACGCAAGUAUUUGGAAACACAAUGUAACAUUUCACAGUUCCUUUGCAUAUGGUACAUGAAUAUUUUUGUAUAAUUAUAAACCUUUAUUAAAUAAGCUUUAGCAUGAUUUACAUAAUCACAACAUAAAUAAUAUAUUCCUGUACACCACUUAUUUGACAUGAUUCCCAAAGAAACCCAUUAGUCAGUUGACAUAGUCCAUAUCUGAAAACCAGUGUGACAUGUUGGUCUUCAAGUAGUAUACAUCCUAUAGACACACAGACACAGACACAUUCUCACAAUGCAGUAUGCAUUGAUAAACAUAACAAUUACGCUGUGAGAAGAGAAUGAAAAGCAUUUUAUCUUAAAUGAAUAAUUGGCUUUGUUAUGGCUUUUGAAAGAUUAACGCUAAGGGAAAGCAAGCAGGCUUUCAUGACGUUGCAACAGAACAUUUCUGCAAGAUUGUUUAAUGCAAUUAACACUGAUUGUCUCAUAGCAUUGCAUAAUAUUUUGUUUGGCUAAAUAUUCAUACACACCAUCUAUUCGGUUCACAUAUCAUAACAAUAAUACUAAGUUAAGUUAAUGUAAACAGAACCUUAUCAGUGAACUGCAGUGCAAUGCUUAGUUCAAACCAAAAGUGGUGUAUUAAUACUAUAAGGCUGUAUUAACACCAUGAAGGGUGACCCCCCCACAGUAGUUCACUAAGGCAGUAGUAAUACCUUCUCCACCAAAGGUGUGCAUCCUGUUCUCCAUCUCCAGACCAAUAGGCACUUUCAUCUAAGUGGUAGCGCGCUACAACAUUGACUCUGACCUCCCACGGACCGCCACAGGAGGGU